ACCUGACAAGUUGAGUAUUAGUGGCGAGUACUAUUUGUUGUUAACCUCGUGAAUGUCUGUAAAGUUGCUGAAGUGUUAACUCUGUAACCUGUCCGAAGGGAUAAAAAGUUUCGGCCAAUGUAAUUGAAGUAUCAUGAAGAUUACGUAGUUAGCUGUUGGAGAUUGCGUGAUAAAAGUCCCCAGGGAUCACUUUGUUAUCAGUAACUACUUGACUCUGCAAAGCAACACAGCUAUAAUCAUCAAUAAGCAGACAGAUGGAUACGGGUACGAUGGCGCCUGUAGCUGAGGCCCAGCCCGCUUCAGAGGUGGGGAGUGAACCCUCCUCUCCUUCCAGCACCGCAACCAGUACUACAUCUUCUACGCCCUCCACAGCCCCCAAACAACAACAGCCUGUCAGGAAACAAGUCAAAAAGAAAGACAAGAAUGACCCAACCAGAUUCCAAGGUGAGGGUGUGAACUUCAAUGCCAAGUUGAUUGGCGUGGAUGAUGUACCGGACGCCCGGGGUGACAGAAUGUGUCAGGAAACAAUCUACAGACUAAAGCUGUCCGUAAAGGCAUCAGGGCAACACAAACAGAGGAUCAUCGUCAACGUGUCUGAGGAGGGCAUCAAACUCAUCGACUUCAAGACUGAUGUAGUGAACUAUACACAUGCUGUCCACAAGAUUUCCUUUAUAUCCAGGGAUGUCACAGAUAGUCGCGCCUUUGGUUACAUCUUCGGGGUCGGAGAUGGAACUCACAAAUUCUUUGGAAUCAAGACUGAGAAAGCUUCGGAAGCUCUGGUGCUGACACUGAGAGACCUGUUCCAAGUUGUCUACGAAAAGAAGAAAAAGGAAAUGGAGGAGGUAAAACAAAAAGCUGAGGAUGAGGGACAGGUUAAAGCCGAUGCCCCACCACCUGACAACCCAAAUGUUAUCAAGCUUGGAGGAGAGCUUUCCACAGAAUCUUCUACGGAUGAUGAGCCAGUUUACCAGGUGCCUACCAGUGGAGCACCCAUAGAGGAUAGUCCUGAACACAUUUAUGCCGUGCCAUCCAACAAUGGUGAGGUCAAGGUAGAAAAGUCUGGAAACAACUUAGUGGACCUGGAGAAUGAGCUGGAGACAAUUGAACAGGGUAUUGAGCAGAUGAACAAGUUUGAGACGGACUUCGAUGCCCUGGCAGCAGGUACUCCCUCGGCUGCCUCACCAGCAGUGAGUACAGGUAGUGAUCCUUGGGGAGCAAGUUCCACCCCUCAAGCUGAUCAAAAGUCUGCCGACAAUUCCUUGUUUGAGAGUGAUUUUGGAUCCAGCACCAAUGGGUCCGCUCAGGGUGGUCAGGGUGGUCAGUCUGAUCUUGCAGAUAUUGACCUGUUCGGCACACAGCCAGUCAUCAAAGGCAAGGACGACAUCAUGAAUCUUUUUGGCCCCCAAAACCCACAAAUGGCUGCAGGAUUUCCUCCCCAAAACCCACAGAUGGCUGCAGGAUUUCCUCCCCAAAACCCACAGAUGGCUGGAGGGUUCCCUCCCCAGAACCCACAGAUGGCUGGAGGGUUCCCUCCCCAGAACCAACAGAUGGCUGGAGGAUUUGGGACCUCUGUGUCACCAGUACCACCAGCUUUUGGGACAUCAGUGUCACCAGCAUUUGGGGCUCCACCUGGGAUCCCACCUGCAGCUUUUCCUGGAGCUCCUAUGCCUGCAGGCACCCCUCAUCCAGGCAUGCCAAACCCAUUUGGGGGUCCCCCUCCAUUUGGAGCACCUCAGUUCUCGGCACCACCACCAGUUCCCCAGAGGCCGUCUGCUGGCCUCGCUCCUGCCAUAAAUCCAUUUGGAGAGGAUCCAUUUGCUCCAGCAGCACCUACAGGUGGGUUUGCCAACUUUCCCAAUGGAAACACAGGAGGUGGAGCUUUGUUUGAUGAGCCCCUGCUAGCCCCUGUCAAGUUGACAGUGGAGGAGGCACCCUCUGUAGAGACCAGCCCUGGUACAGGUGAUGCCUUUGGCGACCUCUGUGGAUUAGGGACCAAGGAUAAAGCAAGUGUUAGCCCUAAAGGCUUGUUCGCCGAAUUGAGUUCACAGCCAAAGAGAAGUAUCAACCAGAUCAGGACUGAACAAGUGCCAAAGGGGCCACAGGCAAGUGACAGUGACCCUUUUGGGUCUGUAGACGAUGCAUCUCUCCCUGCAGUGGUAAACUUUUCCUCCCCUUUCCAAACAAACACAUCUGAUCCUUUUGAUACAUCUUAUAUCCAGCCUGCCAGUUCCAGUCAGCCCAUGCCAGAUUCCUUCCACAAUGUGCCACAUUCUUCUAAGUCAAAAUUUAAAAAUUUGGCUUUUACAGAAAAUGAUGACUUUGAUCUUCCUUCGCCUGAAGGACCACCACCCCCUUUACCUACAACAGCAUCAUCUAGUGACAUGCCUCAAAUUAUUCCCCCUGCUCCCCCACCCCGUCCCAAUGGCAGCCCAGCUGCAGCCUCUACAAACUCCAAGCUUUCACUGCCUGACUCUCCCCCCAGACUGCCUCCUCGUAACUCAGUGUCAAAUCUAAAACACACUCCAGUGCCACGACCGCGGCCAAGGCCAAAGGUCAACAGCAUGAACAACUCCCCACCACUGCCACCACCAAACAAAACUAUUUCCACAACAGAUUCAAAUGGACAACCAUCUCAAACUGCCAAAAACAAUGUGGAUAAAGAGUCUGACGGAACUGGAUCAACAAGUUCUGACAAUGUGAUAAACAGUGCUCCUAGGUUGGACAAGUUUGUGAUUGAGGAUCCCUUCCUCAACGCGGACCCUUUUGCUGAAGAUUUGUUUUCUUCUUCGCCAUUUGAUGGAUUCCCCAGUUCUCUCGGUGUAGACGAUUUAAAUGUCAAUGACCCUUUCAGGUCUAGUCAACCAAAUGUAAAUAACAAUAGCGACAAAAGUCUGGAUUCAAAAGACGAUCCUUUUGCAGUGUUUGAUAAUUGUUUGAACGAUUCGUUCAGUUUUAAGGGUGGAAAUUCUAGGAAAAAUUCCAAGAAAAAGCGGAAUAGUACUGGAAAUUAAGGCCGUGGUAUGAGGCGACAUGUCUUUCAGUGUGUGCUGAGGAGCCGAUCUAUGCAGUUGUGAACAAACCAAAGUCCUGAGGAGGGGUGGACAAUGUCGUCAGCUGGACAAGUGGCUUAUAGUGGACAGAUGUCAUCUCCCUUCACCACAGACGCAUACAUAUUGUGAUGCAUACAGGAUACCAAACUUCACUGUAUAUAUCCCUUAUAUUGUGAUACCCUCCUAUAUACCUUUAUGACAAUGAUUGAUUAAUUCAUGUAUACACCUGAACAAUGUCAUGGCAAAAAUUACCAUGUUUUAUUAUUGCUGUGAAUAUCACCGAAAAUCAUUGAAAGAUGAUUCAUUUAUUCCAAAAUUAUCAGAAUGGACCAACAGUUAUUGCUAUCAACAUAAUAUUUUCAUUUUCAUGUUUGUGAAGAAAUUGUGAGUAGUUGUAUCAUAUUACAUGAGGGUGUUACCCUGUUGAUCAGGUGUGACAUACGAGUGAUAUAAAACUAUUUUAUCAGGUUGUUGCUGUGUGAGAUGAUACAAAGUUAUUUUGUAUCAGGUUGUUGCUGUGUGAGAUGAUACAAAGUUAUUUUGUAUCAGGUUGUUGCUGUGUGAGAUGAUACAAAGUUAUUUUGUAUCAGGUUGUUGCUGUGUGAGAUGAUACAAAGUUAUUUUGUAUAAGGUUGUUGCUGUGUGAGAUGAUACAAAGUUAUUUUGUAUAAGGUUUAUGCAAUGUGAGAGUAUACAAAGUUAUUUUGUAUCAGGUUGUUGCUGUGUGAGAUGAUACAAAGUUAUUUUGUAUCAGGUUGUUGCUGUGUGAGAUGAUACAAAAAUAUUUUGUAUCAGGUUGUUGCUGUGUGAGAUGAUACAAAGUUAUUUUGUAUAAGGUUGUUGCUGUGUGAGAUGAUACAAAAAUAUUUUGUAUCAGGUUGUUGCUGUGUGAGAUGAUACAAAGUUAUUUUGUAUCAGGUUGUUGUUGUGUGAGAUGAUACAAAGUUAUUUUGUAUCAGGUUGUUGUCGUGUGAGAGUAUACAAAGUUAUUUUGUAUCAGGUUUUUUGAGGUGUGAGGUGAUAUGCAAACUGUUACAGUAUGUAAGUAGUUUGGUGCAAUUUUACAUGCAGCCAAUUGUAAACAACAUAUAACAUAUUUCAGUUUCCUAUUAUUAAUACCGGGUGUUUAUCUUUACUGCCUCUAUUUUAAAUAUUUUUCUAACAAAAAAUUUAAAUGUGUUUUACCUGGUAGUUGCAAGUUUUUGAUUUAAUGAUCGUUUUAUUGGACAUUAAUUAAGACUUCAUUGCGUACCUGUUAUACACGGUAGUGAAAAACACUGAUUGUGGUUUUUGAUUCCCACCUGGUUAUAUGUGAGCAUAAGAGAGAUUAUAUUCACACCAUCCUUACAUAUGGCUAAGCAGGAAAGGUUAAGGGGUUAUGGUACAAAAGAUCUGGGUAUGAGAUAUUAAUGAAUGGUCUGGCUACCACAGGGUUGCAAGAAAAUGCAAAGGGAUGAUUCUGAAAAAAUGGGGAAGGAAAGGAAAAGGUUGACAUAGAAAAAUCAAAAGGGUUAGGGUUUGGGAUUGUAGAAGGGAGUUAGUGUCCAUUGUGAUUUGUGUGGUGCUUUCACUUGGUGCUGCCAGAUCUUUUGUCCUGACAUGGUGAUACAUUGUUAUGGGUGAGAUAUAUUGUGAUAGUUGAGAUACAUUAUAAUGGAUAUGACACAUUGUAGGGAGACGCCUUGUGAAAGGUAAGACAAAUUGUGAUUGAUGAGACCUACUAUAAUAGACGAGACACAUUGUAAUAACUAAAUGAAACGCACAGCAGGAGAACACAUCGUGAUAUGUAUGUAAUAGUCUAGAUCAAAACACUGCCCACAGUAUAGCUUGUGUACACUUUGAAAAAAUAUCACUUUUAACGUUAUACAUUUAACAGAAUGGGGGACUAAUGUUGAGAACCAUGCAGUUAUUACUUUUGUACAUAUAUAAUUAGGUUAACAGUGAAAAGAUAUGGAAAGAUCUAUCUUUCCUCUGUAUAUCACUUGAGACAACACUGCAUCAAUGGUCAUGUUUAGGAUACUUUUAUUCCUUAUUCUGAUGCCAAAAUAUAUAUUCCGUCUUUUCGUAUUGCAGAGUUAUCUUCUCUUGUGAGCAGGUAUUGAUUGUUACGUCAUUUGUUUGU